CAAACUGAAACCAGCCAGAAAACUAAAAGGAGAAAGAUCGUUUUUUGGUUGUUGACACCUGAAGAUUAUGCGCACGCCUAUUCUGAGGAAACACCCUUGUGAAGAAGCCAAAAGGAAAUGUUAUUACGGAAUGUAAAUUCACAUUUCGAAUUCUUAAAAACUGGACAUAAGUAUCGCGCUAUGUUUCUCAUUAUGGAGAACAGAGAGAGCAGUGAAUUCUGCAGAUUUUCAUCUGCAGAAUUCAGUGAUGAACCCGUGACCUCUGACCCCACGUUUUUCGGUGGCUGGUAUCACACAUCUUCAUCUCAAAGACCUAAAAGCGAGUCACUGAAGAUUGACAGAUCCAUGAGUUGUCUGAAAAUUAGUGCUGAAGCAGUGACCUCUGACCCCAGUAUCUGGAGUAAGAGUUCUUCAAAUAGAAGAUACAACAGAGAGCCUCUGAAGAGUGACAGAUUGGUGACCUCUGACCCCAGUGUGGAUCAUUGUGGAGAGUUCAGAAGUACAGCAGAACUACACAAAUGGGCCUGUGAUCUCACACUGGAUCCAAACACAGCAAACACUCGUCUCAUUCUGUCUGAUGAGAACAGGAAGAUCAAAUAUGUGAAAGAUCAUCAGCCGUAUCCUGAUCAUCCAGAGAGAUUUGAUGAGUAUUUUCAGGUUCUGUGUGGAGAGAGACUGACUGGACGCUGUUACUGGGAGGCUGAAUGGAGCAGAGGUGCUGUUAUAUCAGUGACAUAUAAAGGAAUCAGCAGGAAAGGAUGGAGUGAAGACUGUGUGUUUGGAUUCAGUGACAAAUCCUGGAGUCUGGAGUGCUCUAAUAACAGUUUCUAUGUCUGGCACAAUAAGAACAGCACGUAUAUACCUGUCCUCCGUUCAUCCUCUACUAGAGUAGGAGUGUAUGUGGACGUGUCGGCCGGCACUCUGUCCUUCUACAGCGUCUCUGACACACACACACUCACACACUUACACACAUUCAACACCACAUUCACUGAACCCCUCUAUGCUGGAUUUGGGGUUCAUUAUUACAACUCCUCAUUGUCUCUGUGUGACAUUAAACAGCCUCCUGUGAGAAACAACAGUGAUACACACACAACCAGGUUCUCUGACUCCAAACGUUCUGGCCUCAAUAUUCACCCACUGCCGAACUGUCAGUCUUGUGUCCAUAUAGCUGAUUCUGAUCAGUGGGUUCAGAUUGAGCCGUCCACCUGUACAGAUGAAGGAGGGUCAAAGUUCAGGGUCAGCACUGACCCAGGCCGUUACGAGUGUGUCAGGACCAGAAUGCGAUGGGUCUGUGACCGUGACGUCACCCUUCAGUACUGUACCGUAGACGGACACUUCCUCAACACAGAGCUGGAGAGGCUGCAGUGCAACCGGAUCGGUCCAGUGAUUGACGUGACGGUGAUCUCAGGGAAACUGGAGGAAGUUCAUCUGCCCCAUUACGCCUGUUUAGGAGAGUCUGACCCCUCUCUCAAAGAUGCUGUGAAAGUCCUCAGCGUAAAAGACGAGGGAAUAACCACAGAACCUGUGCAGUUGACCCGAUUCCAUGCUAAGAUUGUCAAACCAUCCUUCUCUCUUAAAACAUUAAUAAUAAGUUGGAUAAUGCGAGUGGACGAACACUGUGAUCUUCUUCUCUACAUGCGUUCUAAAGUUCCUCUCAUUCUACAUGUCUACUUUUUUCCAUUUGAUGAGUGUGCAAAAGAAAAAGUUGAGAAGGAUGAAAAAUCAAGUUGUCCAAUCCCGCAUCCCAGACCUGACAGGCCAUUUCGGAUGAAAACGCCACACAUUCUUGAUGUUCCUGGUGCCUUGACUAUCCAUCCCAAAGAAGGGAUCACAUUCAGAAGAGAAACUCCCCCAAACUACUUCAAGGUCACGACACGUCUGGAGAAUGAUCUGCAAAUGACUCUUAUCAGAAAGGAGGAUAAGGAGGAGGUCUGGCCUGCAACAAUUUUGAAAGAUGAAUUUGAUCAGAGAGACGAACCGUGUCUGAAUAGUGAUCUGAUUCAUCCUAUAAGAGACAAGCCAUGUCUGAAUAGUGAGGCAGAUAAAGCAAGAUAUUUUGACAACCAUUGGCCAGAUCUCAUUCAGGGCGUUACAAAUGUUGGUUUUAUUGCAGAUAAACUGUGUCAGCAGCAACUGAUUCAUGAGGAACAAUACUCAGAAAUCACACAGAGUUUAACCAGUCAGGAGAGCAUGAGAAAGAUCUGUGACAUUAUACGCAAACACAGAGAUGAUGUGAAAGCUAAAUUCAUCUCAGUUCUUCAGGAAGAGAAGCUUUACCACUUCUGAACAUUGGUCUGAUUCACACUUUAAGCUCAAGCUGCAUCUUUUUAAAAUCUAAAACAGCAACAUCGAUAAACCCAAGGCUUCUCUAGUGAUGAUACAGGAAAAUAUGGGUUUAUUAGAAGUUAUUAAAAUAUACUUCUUUCAAAAUAUUCAUUUAUAGUUACGUUAUGAAUAGAUUUAAGUUUGCACAUCUAAGCAAAUGUUCUACAGGGAAGGUAAAAGGAGUUCAGUGUCAGCAGAGUUACAGGAAGAUUUAUUGUCUGUGUAUUUUUCAUACUUGUUGGUGAAUUGCUGAUAUACAUUUUUUGUACAUAAAUUGUGAAAUGUAGAAUUUUACUAAAAAAGGACAGUUGUGGCAAAUAUAAUCCAGAUUUUUUUUAUGUGAUUAUGUUUAAUAUUAUCUUUAUUUAAUAAACAUUUAAUAUUUUCUUUAUCUAAUAAAAGUUCUGUUCUUUUUUUGUAAACAUUUUGUUGGCUCAGAAUUUAACAUUUACUGUAUAUAUUGCAUUUUGGACAUUUCACUGCAUGGAAAUAUUCUGAAUGGUAUAUAUUCUGAAUAAUGCUGUAAAGUAAGACUGUCAUGGGAUAAUGUACAAAAAAACUAAUAUUUAUUUAUUUAUUAUAAAUUCAAAUUCAACAUA